AUUUCACCCCUCCUCGCUGACUGAGGGUGUCAGCCCGCCAUCCACUCCUCCACCCACCCCCGCGCCCCUCCCGACUCGGAUCGCGUAGACUGAUCCAUGAAGUGGGCCCCCCGAGACCUCGCCGGACCGGCGUUCGACGAGGCCAUGGCUUCAUUGCCAAUCGCCUUCCUCGAGUCUUACCCAUUACCCGCAUUCGUGUGUUGCGUGCGAACAGGACGAGUACGCAAGGAGGCGUACGCCGCCGCCGCCGACAGGCCAGAGCGCCCGCAUUUGUCCCACAAUGACACCAACGGCACUAUCGUCGGGAGCGGGUCGAGACGCGCCCGCUCCAUGGGCCAGCACUCGGGAUCGUCGUCUACCACGGGUGGCUCGUCGCAGGGCCUUCCGACCGCGACAGCAACGCCAUCACCAACUCCAACACCCACAGGCGAGCUAUAUCGAUGGAGCGCCAACGUCGCGUCGUCUCAUAGCCCUGCGAACGGCUCUUACCCCCUUCCCCCGCCCUCCCUUGGGAGCUACACCAACGGACCAAUGUCGCAGACAAGCACCGCCGCAUCGAGCGCAAGCAUGAGCCGGAGCGCAAGCCGGAAUACGACAACGAGCGGCGCGCUGUGGAACUGGCGCCCGCCAAUACGCGACGCGUACGACACAGACGAGGAAGACGAGCGCGACGACGACGUCCUUCCCCUCCAUUCCGUCUCGUCCAGCUCGUCUCGUCUCGGCACGCGCGGCGGCUCGCCGUUCGCUGCCAUGUCGACCUUCACGUACGACCAACCGCACGGCUCCACCUCAUGCGUGUGGUACAACCCACAGUGGAGCAAGGUUGCAGGUGACCUCCCCCUCGCCGCCAUUGUCGAUCCCACCACUUUUGCCGCCCUCGAGGGCUGGGUCGAGUCCAAUAUCGAGACACGAAACAACAACAGCCGCGUCUCCCGCGACUCGGCACAGUUCAGCCUUGACGUGCAAGGAACAAAUCUACAGCUCGUCAAGACGCGCCAUGACAAGCAUCCUCCAAAUACCGUCCUGUGGAUCAUCACCUGCACAAAGUUGACAGAACGUGCGUACGGCGGCUCUGAACAGGGCUCUUCAGAACACGACUACGGGCAUCCCAUGAUCGCUCACCUCGCAAAGUCGUUAGGGGCGGACGAUCCACAUUCCUGUGUAAAGCUCAUGGAGACCAUCGACUGGUCCAAGAAGUCUAUCGGUCCCCGGUCAAAAUGGGCUUCCGAGAUCAACGCCAUGGUCAGCCUCGUCCUCAUCACCGUACCGCCAGUAGCCUUAUGGAUCUCAGACGAUCUCAUCGGAGUCUACAACCAGGCGUACGCCGAGUUCUCUGACCACCCACAAGCUUUUGGGAAAAGCAUGCGCGAGUUGUGGGAUGUGGCAUGGGACGAGGUCGAGCCUCUGGUCAACAAGGCACUGGCCGGCGAGCCCGCCGAGCGCGAAAAGGGGCUCAUCUUCUACCAGCGCAACGAGCGGGGGAGACAUAUCGAGAAGCACCACUCGUUCAGUUUCCACCCCAUCUUCGACAAGACUGGCAAAGUGCUGGGCAUUUGGAACCCGACGCAUGAUCAUACCGACACGGUCCUGGCGGAGCGUCGGCUAAAGACCACAACGAAGCUUGUCGAGGAGACGUCUUUCGCCCGCACACCGCAGGAAAUGUACCAAAUGACCGCCGAGGUCAUGUCUCAGAAUCCCACAGACGCACCGUUCGUUAUGCUCUACAGUGUCAAGGUGGCCGGGAGCGCCGCAUCUUCCGCGGCAAGCACCGAGGGUGGUUCGCUGGACCUCGACCUGCAGCUCGAGUCCAGCGUCGGCGUCCCAGGCGGGCAUCCAAGUGCCAUUGAGAAAAUCCAAAUCACUGGUCUUUCCAUCGCUUCGGCCUCGGGAUCCUUCACAGAGGAGUGCCUUGCUGAACGAAUGGGCAGCGUCGUGGUGGACAAGGCGACAGAUCCGGGCGGGAGUCACCUCGUCGCUGUCGACAUGACACGAAUGGCGUCCCCGACGACUUCGGUGGUCGGCUCGGUGUACUCGCGAGGCUCCGGCCACUCGCGAGGGUCAACGCAUUCUAGCAGGCGACGACUAUCCAUAAGCUUUGACAGCUCGUUCUGGCCCAUCCGCAAAGCCCUGGAGACAAGGCAAUGCGUCCUCGUUGACAAUAUCCAGAACCUCAUCAACGGCUUUCCGAUCCGCCAGUGGGAUGAGCUGCCAGACCAGGCCAUCGUCGUUCCCAUCAACAACGAUCCCGAGAACAAGGUGCCGCAGGCCGUCAUGGUCUUGGGCCUCAACUUGCGACGCCCAUUCGAUGGACCGUACGAGGACUGGGUCAACAUGCUCCGAGGGUACCUUUCCGCGACCCUAGCCGCCGUCACAACUUUCGAGGAAGACAUGCGGUUGCGCCUCGAGAAGGAGAAGCUAGAGCGCGCCAAGUCGGCAUGGUUCCGUGGCGCUGCGCACGAGUUCCGCACACCACUCACACUCAUCGCGGGACCACUCGAAGAUAUCCUACAGACGAAAUUGAACUCGUCUCAACGACAACAGCUGCAGAUGGUCCGUCGAAACAUCACACGAUUAGAACAGCUCAUGACUUCGCUCCUUGACUUGACGCGCCUAGAGUCGGGCAAGGUUGAGGCGCGCUUUGUCCCUACCGACCUCGCGGACUUCAUCACGGAUCUCGCCAGAGUUUUCCGUCCCGCCUUUGAGAAGCACAAGAUACGGUUCUGCGUGGAGACAGAGGCGCACGAUGCCGUCGCUGUUGACCCGGUGCUGGUCGAGAUUGUGGUUGCGCACCUUGUAAUCAACGCCCUCAAGCUAACCGAGAACGGGACUGUCAGCAUCCGACUGGCGUUUACGCACGACAUGGCCAGCAUCAUCGUCAGCGACACCGGGACAGGCAUGUCGGAGACCGAUAUGCAGUCGGCGACCAACUUCUUCCACCGUAUCCAAACGGCCGAGAACCGCGGGACGGCGGCGACGGGCGUUGGCCUCGCGAUCAUCAAGGAGAUUGUGCGGCUGCACAACGGCAAGCUCACGAUUCGAACCAAGACGGCCGCCUCGCCUGGCGAGGACAGCGGGUCGACGUUCACCGUGAGCUUUCCGCUCAGCAACGAGCCGAAUGUGGAUUCACUCGUCACGGUGCCAUUUGGCGUGUAUGCCAAGCAGGUGGCCAGCGACAUCAAAGAGUGGAGCAAGGGCGGCGACACACCUUCGGAGGAUUCUCUGUUGUAUGACGGAAGAACGUCUGUUCCGUCUGGGCGCUCAGCGUCGGAGACCUCGGGGAGUCUGACCUCAGCUGGCUUUACGGACGGCCUUAUGUUUGAGCGCGAAGACGUGCUGCUCGUCGUGGAUAACAAUGCCGAGAUGCGCGAGUAUAUCAAGACCCUCUUCGAGCGCUUCUGCACCGUCGUAGAGGCCGCCAGUGCCGAGGAGGCGUGUGAGCUUAUCAAGACUGUCGAACCAAACCUCGUCAUCUCCGAACUCGUCAUGCACUCCAUGUCGGGCAUCGAGCUGCUGCACGAAAUGCGACUCGUCGACAGGCUGCGUUUUGUCCCCAUGGUCCUCAUCUCCUCGACGACCGACGACGAGCAGCGCGUGGCCGCUUUCCUUGCCGGUGUCGACGACUUUGUCUCAAAGCCGUUCAAGCCGCGCGAGCUGCUCCUUCGAGCCCACCUGCACAUGCAGAUGGGCAAGAAGCGGAACAAGCUGGAGCGACUGUUCGCGCAGCGUGAGCAGGAGCUGUCCGUGCUCUCCGAUUAUUGCCCCUCGGGGAUCAUGCGCACUGACGCCGACGGCAAGGUACUGUACGCGAAUGCGUCGUUCCGCAACCCGGCGGGCAUGAUGUCUGACGAGGAUCCGCACCAGUGGUUCGAGUUCUGCGACGAUGAGUCGCGCGGCCGCGUCGAGCACGCCUGGUUCGAGAUCCUGCAGGGCCGGCUGCCCGCUACCACGCUCCAGUGGAAGUGGCGGACAGGGCGCACAAUGUCGGCGGUGCUUAUCCGUCUCGACGUUGUGCGGCCGGGCAUGUCGGGCCUUCUGAUGUGCGUCACGGACAUUUCGUACCAGGAGGAGCGGCUGGAGGAGGCGCAGCGCCGCCGUAUCGAGGCCGAGGAGAGCAAGCACCAGCAAGAGUUGCUUGUGGAUUUGACGUCACACGAGAUCCGCACACCCGUGUCCGCAAUAUUGCAGUGUUCGUCGCUCGUCAAGGAGAACCUAGUCGCUCUCAAGGAACAGUUACGUUUCGCGGGCGAUGCGGGCUUCAAGCCGACCCCAAGCCUGCUGGCAGACCUCGAGGAGGAUGUGGAGGCAUUAGAGAGCAUAUACCAGUGCGGCCUGGUGCAGGAACGUAUUGCGGGGGACGUGCUGUCGCUCGCCCGCAUCCAGCUUGACAUGCUCAGCCUCCACUUCGUCGAGAUGGAUCUGCACAAGGAAGCCAAGAAGGUGCUGUCCGUCUUCGCGAACGAAGCCAAGAUGAAGAAGAUUGAGAUUCUUCUCGAGCUGGGCGGCUCGCUCGAGGCGCUCCAGGUGCGCGGGAUCAAGACGGACCCCGUGAGACUGGGCCAGGUUCUCACGAACCUUACAGCGAACGCCAUCCGCUUCACGGCGGCGGCCGAGACGCGACGUAUUACGGUGCACUACGAGGUCGCGCUCGAGCCCCCGCUGCCCGGCACACUCCUCCCCCCGCCCAACAUGCCACACCCCAUGGUCACCCCGCUUGCCGAGGACACGCCCAUCUACCUAUAUGUGAGCGUGACGGACACAGGGCCGGGCAUGACUCCUGAGGAGCAGAAGAUGCUCUUCCGGCGGUUCCAGCAGAGCAACAAGAUGAUCCAUACGCGCUAUGGCGGGUCCGGCUUGGGCCUGUUCAUCUGCAAGAAGAUCGUCGAGCUGUUGGGCGGCGCCAUCGCCGUCGAGAGCGAGAUUGGCGUCGGAAGCGUUUUCCGCUUCUGGAUCAAGACACAUACCGUCGCGCCGGUGCAGCUCGGCUCGCCGACGGUCGCGCCAUCGCCGCUCGCCAUUCCGCCCACGCAGACGCUGCGUGUUGGCGCGCCUGACCCGGCCGUGUCCCCGCUUCUACCGGUGCCGCGUCUCCCUGCGACCACCCCCGCGUCGCCGGACGCGCCUGAACCCCUCCGCCUGCUCAUAGUUGAGGACAACAUCAUCAACCAGACGGUACUGAAGAGGCAGCUCGUGAAGGCAGGCUUUGUGUGCGACACAGCCAACGACGGGCAGGAGGCCCUCCUGCGCAUCCACGAAGUCGACCGCGAGUGUCGACAUGGGUCGCCGGGCGCGCAGGGCUACGACGCGGUACUCAUGGACCUCGAAAUGCCGGUCAUGGACGGCCUCACGGCAAUCCGGCACAUCCGCGACGCUGAGCGCCGGGGCAUCCUGCGCCCCCAGCUCGUCAUCGCGCUAACGGGCAAUGCGCGGCAGGGGCAGAUCGACCAGGCCAAGGCGGCGGGAAUGAAUGACGUCGUCAUCAAGCCAUACCGCCUCCCGGCACUCAUCGCCAAGAUCCGGGACGCGUCACAGAGCCAUCGUGCGCGCUGCGCCGACGACGGCUGCGAGGAAGUGCGUGCCGCGCCGCGCCUGCGGUACGACACGAAUGCGGCGGGCCACGCCGUGCUUUCCGAGGCGAAUGUCGCCCGGCUUGGCAGCAAACGGCGCGUCCAGCCGCAAGAGCAGCGGGGCCACACCGAGGGCCAAGGCGAAGCCAAGAACGCCAAUGGCCGCUCGCCAGAUGUGCCGUCCGCCGCGGCGGACAUGGCGCGCGAUAUGACGGACGCAUCAGAAUAGAUCGACAUUGUACACUGUGACCUUACCACCAUUUGCAUUGCACUAGAUUGCUAGCGCCCGCUCGGCGCGGCGGGCAUGUAUGUAUAUUCUGUCACGCAG